CUUUCCUGUUUACGGGCGGGAAGAGCGAACCAGGUCUGACUGCUGGAGCUUCUGUGAUCAAAUUGACAGCAACAUUUUGUUUGAAUUUCCUUUUUUUAGCUAAUGAUUUACUCGUUUUAAUGAUACAAAGGACAUUGCGAGAUUUAGUGCAAAGGCAAUAAAAGCGGACCAUUGCUUAAAACAAGAGGGAAUUUUUUGAGUUGUGCAGGACCAGAUGGAGGAUCCUCCUGCAGAUUCUGGCGGUGGUGCAGCAGCAGCGGAGGGCCCCGUGGUGCAGGUGGCAGAUAUCCGCUGGCCGACCGGGGCUCUCCCUCUCCGGCUUCUCGAGUGGAAAGUCAAACCCGGGGCUCUUGUGAACGUGGACUCUGUGCUUGCACUGUGCGCCCCCAUACCUCAUGAAAGGGGGGCAGAGGCACCGAGGCUGCCAGAGAAGAAGGUGAAAUCGGACCGUGCAGGAGUAAUUAAGGAGCUAUGCUGUCAACUUGGCCAAGUCAUACACCCCGGAGGUGUAAUCGUCAGAAUAGAGGAAUGCAGCCAUCCAGUGGUGAUGAAGGGUUUAUGUGCUGAAUGUGGCCAGGACCUGACUCAGCUGCAGAGCACCAAUGGAAAACAGCAAACUCCCAUCUCCACAGCAACAGUCUCCAUGGUGCACAGUGUCCCAGAGCUCAUGGUCAGCUCAGAGCAAGCGGAACAGCUGGGCAGAGAAGACCAGCAGAGACUCCAUCGGAACAAGAAGCUGGUCCUGAUGGUGGAUCUAGACCAGACACUUAUCCACACGACUGAACAGCACUGCCAGCGUAUGUCCAACAAGGGCAUUUUCCACUUUCAGCUGGGGCGAGGAGAGCCAAUGCUCCACACACGACUACGCCCACACUGCAAGGAAUUCUUAGAGAAAAUUGCCAAACUCUACGAGUUACACGUCUUCACAUUUGGGAGUCGCCUUUACGCUCACACCAUUGCUGGUUUUCUGGACCCUGAAAAGAAGCUUUUCUCUCAUCGCAUCCUUUCUAGAGAUGAAUGCAUUGAUCCUUUCUCCAAGACGGGAAAUCUGAGGAAUCUUUUCCCCUGCGGAGACUCAAUGGUCUGCAUAAUCGACGACCGGGAGGAUGUGUGGAAGUUUGCACCCAACCUCAUCACUGUGAAGAAAUACAUUUACUUCCAGGGUACGGGGGACAUCAACGCUCCCCCUGGAUCCCGGGAAGCUCAGACGGCAAAGAAAGCAGGAGGCCCGUCAAGUCGAUCAGCAGAGAGCGCAGAGCCAUCAGGGACACCUGCUGCUGAUGAGCUGAGUAAUGGCCCCAGGAAAAGGGCAAAAGACCAAAGCGUUUCCGAAAAGGAAGAGUCCACAACACAGUCUUCUCAGGGAGUAUCCACAAAUGAACGGACACAUCCUGCAGGUGUGGUGGAGGAUGAAUCAGGUAAAGGGUCAGAGACCGAGGCAGAGCCUGGGCUGGGGUCGAGGGACGCUCAGGUGGACGACAGAACAAAUGUUAAGGAUUUAGAUAGCAACAGGACACUGUUGCCACGAGAGGCACAGGACAGUACAAACUCAUCUGUACCCAGCCAUGAGUCCAAUAACUUGGACUUUGACCUUUCCAGUGACAGUGACAAUGACUCAAUUUCUGACAAGCCUCCCUCGUCAGAGAGUGAUGGUGAAAUCAAGUCGGCAAAAUCCCGACAAGAAGGAGUAACGCAAGAGCCUGGUGAUGAGGAUGGGGCAAGGGACGGGCACAGUAAAGGUGGCUGUGAGGGAGAAGCCAGUUGUGACACGGCAGAACCGUCAGGAGUUCUUCUUCCUGAUCCUGAGCUGGGUAAUGGCUGCCCCGAUCGGAUAGAACCUGAAACGGAAUCCCAGAAUAGUGAGCAAUCUGGUGUCACCAUGGGAGAGGAGCUGCUUGACCAGAGCAUGGAGGAUGAAGAGGAGGAAGAAGAAAUUGAUAUAGACCAGGACGAUCACCUGAUCUAUCUAGAGGAAGUGCUGCAAAGGAUCCACGCUGAAUACUACGCACGAUACCAGGGCUACCUGAAGAAGGAGGCAUCUGAAACCCCAGAUAUCCGCAAGAUCGUGCCAGAGCUGAAAAGCAAGACACUGGAAGGCACAAUGAUAGUGUUCAGCGGCUUGUACCCGACCAACUACCCAAUGGAGAGGACGCGGGAAUUUUACCAUGCCAAAGCACUUGGGGCUAAGAUAGGCAAGAACUUGCUUCUUAGCUCCAAAGAUCCAAGUCAGACAACGCAUCUCAUCGCAGCAAGAGCUGGCACAGAGAAGGUUCGCCAGGCUCAAGGCUGCAAGCACCUCCAUGUUGUAAAUCCUGACUGGCUGUGGAGCUGCCUGGAGCGCUGGGAGAGGGUAGAGGAGCAGUUGUACCCACUAAAAGAGGACUAUUCCAAAACACCAAGGAGCAAUAGUCCAGCAGCGUUUUCUGACAAUCUGGGCUUUCUGCAGAAGCCUUUUUUCCAACCCUCAGCCAUUCAACACAGACCCCCAGUUCCAGCCCCUGAGGUCCGAACCUAUGACCCUGUCACUGGGAAGCUGAUCCGCAGGGGCCCUCAGGUGUCACGGCUACCACCCUACCUCCAGACGUCAGGGUCUAUGCUGCUGUCUGAUCAAAGAGAGCAGACUUGUCUCAGGGGAACUUCACAGAGUCAGCAAGAUGACGCGGCAGGACCCAGCCAAGACAACGAGCAGCCAGGACCAUCUCGUCGGAAACGGCAGCCGAGCAUGUCAGAAACGAAUCCUCUGUACACUCUUUGCAAGGAGGACCUAGAGAGCAUGGACAAAGAGGUGGACGACAUCUUAGGGGAGGAGAGCGACAAUGAAAGUGAGGGCAAGGGGAAGGAGAAGCCAUGCAAUGAAGAGGUGGAUGAAGAGGAGGAGCGACAGCAGCAGCAGCCAGGAGCUGGAGAGAUAGCAGGAGGUGGGCCUGAUCCUAAGGUGCCUGGUAUGGAGGACAGACAGCAGACACAGAUUCUGGCCAGACUGCAGGACAAUGUCCAAAGGGGCCACAAACGUAAGCAUGACGAAGCCAAGGAGGAGGGCGUCGAAGAGAAGAAAGAGGAGUCAGAGGAAUCUGCCGACGAGUCUUCUAAAGACUCCAACGAGGAAGAAGGCGGGAGCAGCUCAGAGGCAGACGAGAUGGCGGCCGCCUUGGAUGCAGAGCUUAAUGACUUCAUGUGAUGUAGAAAUAGAAGGGACUCAAAAAUAAACCCCAGUCACCCCUGCAAAGUGGUACAUAAAGAUCCUAUUUUUCUGGUUUGGAGUGGAGUCUGUGUGAGUGGGAUGUUUGAGCCAUGAGUGUGUGCUGUGAUACAAAUGAAUGUCCUGUACAGAAAUGGUGUGUUGCUAUGUAAAUAAAGACUUCAUUUUUUGUAGCAUUGA